AAAAUAAUCUAAAGCAAAAAUUUGGAGAAACAACUUGGUUGGGUGUUUAUUUGUCUGUCUGUUUGUUUUUUUGAAGAAGUAAAAUUCUGCAUUUUUUACGGCUAUUAGUUGUAAAUUUCCGCUUUUGCGGUCCACAUUCAGUGGAAUUAAGUGCAAGUGUUUAGUGCAUGAUAUCGUUGAGUGCACUGCUGACCAAAUACACGCUGGGCAUCAUGAGCAACUUGGGACACAAUCAGCCAACGGGUGGAGCAGGUUCAGGUGCAGGUGGCGGCGGAGGAGUCGGCGGCGGUGUUGGCAGCAAUAAUGGCAAUGGUAUACAAAAUUCAGCAGCCGAAGGUAGCAUGGAACGCGGCAGCUGCUUGCUACGCUAUGCAAGUCAAAAUUCUUUGGAUGAAAGCUCACAAAAACAUAUUCAGCGCCCAAAUGGCAAAGAUCGCACCGUCGGACAGUAUCAUAAUGAGCAGCACACCACACGCUCAUUCGAGGCCAUGAACGAAAUGCGCAAGCAAAAUUUACUCUGUGAUGUAACUUUGGUUGCCGAUGAUAUUGAGAUUCCUGCACACAAAAUGGUACUCGCCUCCUGCAGUCCGUACUUUUAUGCCAUGUUCACCAGCUUUGAAGAGUCACGUCAGGGCCGCAUAACACUGCAAGGCGUUGAUCAUCGUGCCCUCGAAUUGCUCAUUGAAUAUGUGUAUACAUCAACUGUGGAGGUGAAUGAGGAUAAUGUGCAAGUAUUAUUAACCGCUGCAAAUUUACUGCAGCUGACUGAUGUCCGUGAGGCAUGUUGUGAUUACUUGCAAACACAACUGGAUGCCAGCAAUUGUUUGGGGAUAAGAGAAUUCGCCGACAUUCACGGCUGUGUGGACCUUUUGAACUAUGCCGACACUUAUAUAGAACAACACUUCAAUGAGGUAAUUCAAUUCGAUGAAUUUCUCAAUUUGAAUCACGAGCAAGUGAUCAGUUUAAUAUGCAACGAUCGCAUUUGUGUGCCAAGCGAGGAAAAAGUGUACGAAUGUGUGAUUUCGUGGAUACGUUACGAUCCGACUAUGCGAGAGCAAUACACUGCCGUGCUGAUGGAGCAUGUGCGGUUGCCCUUUCUCUCAAAAGAGUACAUUACGCAACGCGUCGAUAAGGAGCCAUUGUUAGAAGGGAAUAUAAUAUGCAAGAAUUUGAUAAUUGAAGCUUUGACUUAUCAUUUGCUGCCGAACGACACUAAAUCUGCACGUACUAUACCGCGCAAGCCAGUGGGUUUGCCGAAAAUUCUGCUAGUUAUAGGCGGACAAGCGCCCAAGGCAAUACGUUCGGUCGAGUGUUACGAUUUGCGCGAAGAGAAGUGGUAUCAGGCAGCUGAAAUGCCGAAUAGACGCUGUCGUGCUGGUUUGGCUGUACUGGGCGAUAAGGUUUACGCAGUGGGCGGCUUUAAUGGCUCAUUGCGUGUGCGCACCGUUGAUGUUUACGAUCCGGCUACGGAUCAAUGGCUCACUUGCAACAGCAUGGAGGCACGACGCUCAACACUUGGUGUCGCCGUUUUGCAUGGUUUUAUUUAUGCUGUGGGCGGCUUUGACGGCACAACAGGUCUCAGCAGCGCUGAAGUAUUCGAUCCCAAAGCCGAACUUUGGCGCCUGAUCGCUUCGAUGUCUACUCGUCGUAGCUCUGUAGGAGUGGGUGUUGUUAAUGGAUUACUCUAUGCUGUUGGUGGCUACGAUGGUUACUCACGCCAAUGCUUAUCAUCUGUGGAACGUUAUAACCCCGAUACAGAUACUUGGAGUCCAGUGGCAGAUAUGUCUGCACGCCGUUCCGGUGCUGGUGUGGGUGUUCUUAAUAAUAUACUCUAUGCUGUGGGAGGUCAUGAUGGUCCGAUGGUGCGCAAGUCUGUGGAAGCUUAUGAUCCCGAUACAAAUCAAUGGCAUGCUGUAGCUGAUAUGGCCUUCUGUCGUCGCAAUGCUGGCGUUGUGGCACACGAUGGCGUAUUGUUUGUGGUGGGCGGUGAUGAUGGUACCUCUAAUUUAGGAUCAGUUGAGGUAUACUGCCCAGAGACCGACACUUGGCGCAUUUUGCCUGCUUCCAUGACUAUUGGACGCAGCUAUGCUGGUGUAUGCAUGAUAGACAAGCCUAUGUGAAUGGAAGAGCAGGGCGCAAUAGCACGCCAAGCAAAUGCAGCAGCCGGUGGAAACAUAGAUGAUGAAAACAGUCAAGCUGAGGGCAGCAAUGUCGAGGGUGCAGUUGGUUACUCACGCAAUGAUGUACAUAUCAACUUAAACAACAGUAGCAAUAAUAAUGCUUCCCAACUACAACAACAACCAAAUCACCCACACUACGAGAACAUCUAUGAAUCCCUUGAGCAAUAUAAUGCUGCAAUUGCCGCAGCCGCAGUCGUUGCUCCUGCUGCUGGUGCCAACGCUGUUGCCCCUGCGAAUGAACUGCCGCAACCUCAAGCGGACGCAAAUGCCAUACCACCCAACCUGAAUAAUCUUAACAAUGCCAGCAACAACCAACCACGUAUUUUACCGAAUAUCAGCUACAGAAAUGAUCUUUAUGAUCGCACAGACACGCCAUCACCAGCCUAUGAUGUGCCGCGUGCUGUGCGUUCAGGCUUGGGAUUUCGACGCAAUUUCCACAUAGAUCUACAAGGAGCCAAUCGUUUCAAUGCCUCGCGCACCACUGCAUCCAACGCAGCGCCUGGUUCGCUUUAUGGCAGCAGCAGCAACUGUCAACGCCAACGUAGUUUCGAUGAUACCGAAUCGCACAAUUACUACAAUUUCAACUACCAGCCCAGCAUGCGUUACGAAAACAUUUACGAACAGAUACGUGACGAGCCAAUUUAUCGAAAUACAGGCAGUGGAGCACGCGUUUAUGGGCGUCUGGACGUUAUCGGUCAUGGCAUUGGACGAAUUGAGCGCCAUUUGAGCUCAUCCUGUGGCAAUAUUGACCACUACAACCUAGGCGGUCACUAUGCCGUGCUCGGACACUCCCACUUCGGCACUGUUGGUCACAUACGCUUAAAUACCAGCACCAGCGUGGCUAAUGCGCCUAUUAUUAAUAGUGGAUGUAAUGCUAUACCCCCCGCAACGAAUGCUACCAUAACAGCAACAAAUGUUGCAACAGGUGCCACCCAAAAAGACAGCAAUAAUGUGAAAAACAGCACCUCAUCUUUCUUCAGCUGUUUACAGGGCGAAAAUGCUCAGAGUAUGAGCAACAUAUAUCGCGCCUCAGUCGGCAUAGGUGGUGGCAUCGCGGCAGCAGCUACCACCGCUGGACAGCAAUUGCCCAUGCAAUUUAAUGGUGUUGCUGCAAAUAACGCUAAAGAGCGCGAACAACGUUCAGCCUCCGCUGGUCCAUUAUCCAUGGGUUGUGCUAAUAAUAGUAAUGGCAAUGGCAGUGCAAGUGGCGCCAGUGAGCCGCCAACCAGUUCGUCUAGCAAUCGCCAAACAGGCGCCAUACCAAAAAUAAAAGCGCUUGGUUUGAACUCGAAUAAACCGAGCAAUUCCAACAGCGCCAGCAGCACUGCUGCUGAAAAGGCGCUUGCCAUCAAGAAUGCAAUUACGAAGAAAGCAACAAAUAACACAAUCACAUCACAACAAACGCCCAAUGCAAAGGCAAAUACGACUAGCCCUGAACACUCUGCCAAUUCGGGUACCUUAAAUCGCAUCUCAAAAUCCAGUCUACAAUGGCUUUUGGUCAACAAGUGGUUGCCAUUGUGGAUUGGACAGGGACCUGAUUGUAAGAUGAUCGACUUCAACUUUAUGUUUUCUCGCGAUUGUGGCGGUUGUGAUGCCACCUCUGCCGCCACGCAUAUGACCAAUCCAUACUACACGCCACGUCUUGGCGGUAUGAUGCCGCACGAUCUUGUGCGCUUCAGUGCUGCCAAUGCUGAGAUGCACGCACCCUGUGCAGCCGCAGCAGCGGCGCUAAGACGUGAUCUCAAUAUGCGGCCGCGUGCAUUGAAUCGUUUACGUGAAUCGGAGCAAGCCAAUCGUUCGAAUGCAGCUACUCAUCGCUAUGAAGAUCCCUCAUACGAAAAUGUGCAUGUACAUUGGCAGAAUGGUUUUGAAUUUGGACGUUCACGUGAUUAUGAGCAUAGCCAUCAAACGGCGACAAACCGACCACAAUUGCAGCGCGCCAGAUCCGAGAGUCCGAGCUUUAGCACACAGCAACGACGCAUGAGGCAAAGCGCUAAUGUAGCCGCUCCUACUGGUAAUAGUGUGGCAUCGACGGCUGGCGGCGGUGCAGUCAACUAUAGCGAUCACUUCAAAAAUUAUGUACUCAACGCAGAAAACAAUACAUUCAAACCGAAAUUGGCAAAGGUGGAGAAUGGAGAAGGUGCUAAUGGUAGUACGCCCAGUGGAGGUGGAAGUGCUGCUGUUGAAGUAGCAAUCAACGCUAUAUCAGAUAAUGUUAGCGGUAUUGAAACAACACCACCUGCGGGCUCACAACUAAUAGGCUCCACAAAUCAACUUGGUGAAAUCGAAACGGAAAUGGAUGGCGCUGUGGGUGGUGCUAGCGCCGAAAUUGUGUCGUGCCUCAUCGGCAGCGCAAAUGCAGCGGAUGAUGGUAGCGAAAUCCCUACAAAUACAAGUCAAAUACUAAAUACAGAUAUGAAUGAGAAUGUGAAUGUGAACUUGAAUGACAACGAGACUGAUGCAACAAAGACAAAAGCCACUAACAACAGCAACAAUAAUAAAAUAAAAUCAACUAACAAUGAACCAAACGAUGAUUGAAAUGAAAUAUUCAAGCGACGGCGUUGCUGAUAAUAAUAAUUAACAAAUAGUUGGCAAAAUAUAUGAAGAAAAAAAAAAAACAAAUUUUGAAUACAGAAUUUUUCGCAAAGCAAACCAGUAAAAAUAUAUAGUAUAUUAAAGCACCGAAUAUUGAAUUCCAUGUAGAAACAUAGCCACUUGCCGGAAUGCGCACAUUAUAAAGGAUGUGUAGAUGUAAGCCGAAAGCAGGCAGUGAAAAUUAUGCACCAGAUAUAAGGCGUUCCUGCAACAGGCGGUUCUACGUAACCGGAACGAUCCGCAUUUAUAUCCUGCCAAGGACUAUCACUUCCUCACCGCAAAUAUACGGGGAAUUGGUUUAUAUUGUUACAACAACGACAACAACAUAAACCAAUUCAAAUCAGCGCACUAUAAAUCUUUGAAUCUUCACAUCCAAUGUAAUAGUGCCGUUCUUGCAACAUACGCACACAUACAUACGUUUUUAAUUAAAUAUGUAGUUUCAUAGGCAAAAAAUAUGUUUGGAUUAUAUUUAGUAUUUUGCAUAACAAAUUCAGGAUUUAUCUUUCUGUAUUUUCGCAAUUUUUUCGCAAUUACAUGUUUACACAUGUUGACUUUUAAUUAUAAGUAAAACAAAUUGUAUUUUUUCUAUUCUCACUUUAUUACAUUAAUCAUCGCAUGAGUUUUACACUGUACUCAUUGAUAUGUUGUUUAUUAUGCAAGCAUAGUAAUUUAUUUGAUAAAGACAAUAUAUUGAAAUAUCCUACGGGCAUAUUUAAUAGAUUCAAUUCUGUUUAACAAGUUCUGCGACUGAGCAAAUAAACGAAAAUUUCAGUAAUUAA